GCCUUGACUUUUGAUGCUGGAGGAGGAGGAGGAGGAAGAGAGGAAGUAUGUCUGCCGGAGCUUCUAACCGGCAACCUCCACUGCCGCUGCGUACUUUCACUUUCAGGAAAUCAUGAUUAGAACAGUGAAAAGCCCUCCGGCAGGUUUCAAGCCAUAUAAAAAGGUGAGUGUCAGAUUCUCUCAAAACGCAGAGAGCUACCUGUGGCGUUCGUCAACAUGGCCAGCGAUCAGCAAUGCUUGGAGUCUAGAAACCAGCUGAGCCUCGUGUCUAUCAUGGAUUCCAAGAAGCCCAACAUGCUGCAAAAUCUGCGCCAAAAGAUUAUGGUCCGGCGGGGUAAAAUAGCCAACAGCAAGACGGGCGCCAAGCUGACUCGGCAAAUGAGCUGCUCCGUCCCAGACUUCAGGAACAUGAAGCAGGACUACCCUGAUGGAUUCUCCAACCUUCAGAUGCAUGACAUCCACAGCAACCCUUCCUCUCCACGCAAGUCUGCUAAACCCUCAGUAAAGAUUGGGAAGGGCCUGAAGUUGAAAAAAGGUGGAGCCAAAAGUGACAACAGACUGAGUGUCCCUGCAGACUCCCCAGACGGUGCCGUUCCUCAGAACUUCUGCAGCGAAAACGUUGCAGAAACGACAAGACACGAGACUACCAAUAGAGUUGCUGCUGGUAUGGAAGCCGAAGAGCUGUCACUGCCGGAGAUGAUCACGGUCUACAGCCCCGAAGCUCCCUCUGUGGACUGCUCUCCAGAUUCACAGACUGACAUGGAAAGCGAGAUCGCCACCUGGUCAGAGAAUUUGGACUCUUCCAAGUGCUUCCUGCUCUCCAUCAACCUGAAGGAAGGUCAUAACCUGGUCAUCAGGGACCGCUGCGGUACCAGUGAUCCUUAUGUAAAACUCAAGGUAGAUGGAAAAACUUUCUACAAAAGUAAAGUGGUUUACAAAAGCCUCAACCCGGUCUGGAACGAGAGCAUCAGUAUUCCUGUUAGGGAUCUGAACCAGAAACUUGACAUCAAGGUGUACGACCGUGACCUGACAACGGACGACUUCAUGGGCUCGGCCAGCGUCCUCCUGAGCGAGUUGGAGAUGGACAAGGUCCAUGAGCUGUCUCUGUCGCUGGAAGACCCCGGCAGCCUGGAGGAGGACAUGGGCUCGGUGCUGAUAGACCUGACCCUCGCGUCCAGAAACGGAGACAGCAAGAAAAGCAAUAGGUGGUCUCGAAAGCGAAGCAGUGCGCUAAAGUUUGGCGUGUCUAGCAAACUUCCCAGUUUAAUUGCAGAAUUGAAUGCAAAUAAUUCAGGAAUUCUCAGCAGCUUUGGCCAGGUAGAGUCUCAGAAGAAGAGCCAGCUGUGGACCUCUGUGCUGUGGGUGACGCUGGUCGGCGCCGUCAGGCUGCCCGUGGACUCGCAAAGCGGUCAUCUUUUUGUCCGCUUCAAACUAGGAGAGCAGCUGUUCAAAAGCAAGAACCACGACAGAGUGAGCAACCCUUUGUGGAAAGAAAAGUUCACCCUCAACCAGUUUCCCGACGGUCCGCCCUUCAUGGAGGUGGAGCUGUGCUGCAAAGACGGACGCAAAAGCGAGGAGUGUUUAGGCGUGGUCUCUGUGGAUGUUUCCUGCGUCCCGUUCAACAAAAGCAAGGUGUGCACGCUGGAUCUGGGCCUGGGCAAAGCCCAGCUGAUCUUCCUGCUCACAGUGAGGCCGUGCAGCGGCGUUUCCAUCACCGACCUCUCCUCGGCGCCCCUGGACGAACGUCAGCAGCGGUCAACCCUGCGGGAAAGCUACAGCUGGAAGUGCUCGCUGAAGAACCUGCGAGACGUUGGAUUACUUCAGGUCAAACUCAUCCGGGCAACUGAUCUGACGUCCGCUGAUCUGAAUGGUAAGAGCGACCCUUACUGCGUGUUGCAGCUGGGCAACGACCGACUGCAGAGCAACACGGUCUACAAGAACCUGCACCCAGAGUGGAACAAGGUCUUCACGUUCCCUGUCAAAGACAUUCACGACGUCCUGUUGCUGACCGUCUUUGAUGAGGACGGAGACAAGGCGCCAGACUUUCUAGGAAGAGUCGCCAUUCCUCUGCUCUCGAUCCGCAACAGACAGCAGACCACCUACCCGCUGAGGAAACCGGACCUGGGGAGGCUGAUGAAGGGGAGCAUCACUCUGGAGAUGGAGGUUAUUUUUAACCCAGUCAGAGCAAGUUUGAGAACAUUUGAGCCCAGAGAGCGGAUCUUCCUGGAGGAUUCUCCCAAAUUUUCCAAAAAGGCUCUGUCCAGAAACGUGAAUCGAGUAAAAGCCGUGGUCAGAGCCAUCCUUUCGACCAUCCACUACAUCAAAAGCUGCUUUCAGUGGGAGAGUGUGCAGAGGAGCCUGCUGGCCUUCCUGGUUUUCACUUUGACCAUCUGGUACUGGGACUCCUACAUGCUGCCUUUGUCUCUGGUUCUGCUCCUCCUGUGGAACUACAUCCAGGUCCGGUCCGGAAGAGUCACCGAGGAUCUGGACAACAUCGACCUGGCGGACGAGGAGGAUGAGGAUGACAAGGAGUCCGAGAAGAAAGGGCUGAUCAGUAAAAUCUACAUGAUCCAGGACACCAUCCUGAUGCUGCAGAACCUGCUGGACCAGAUCGCCUCCUUUGGAGAACGGAUCAAAAACACGUUCAACUGGUCGGUGCCGUUCCUGUCUGGCCUGGCGCUGCUCAUCUUCACCCUGGCGACGGUUCUCCUCUUCUACGUUCCCCUGCGCUACAUCAUCUUGAUUUGGGGUAUCCAUAAAUUCACCAAGAAACUGCGGAACCCGUACAGCAUCGACAACAAUGAGCUGGUUGAUUUCCUGUCGCGGGCGCCCUCAGAUGUGCAGAAGGUUCAGUUCAACGAGCUGAAGAUCAGCAAGAAGAAGAAGCUUCUCUAGGACAAGAGGGACCACGGAAACCAAAGAGGAUCGACAAGUGUCUUUAUUAUUUUUUAAUAAGUGAAGGAAUAUCAAUCAGAUCCUGCUGAUUUACAUUCUUGGAACAUUUCUACACUUUUUAGUCCAGAAAUGGAUUCUCAUGAAACCAAAAAUGAUCUUUUUUUUUUUUCCUCCCCAAAAUGAAUGUAAAUCUUGUUUUUUUUGUUUAUUAUUGUUCAUUUAAAAAAAAAACACUUAAUAUAUUUAUCAUUUUGAUCAAUUUUUACAGCCAAUUAUGUUUUUAUUCUGUGUCAAAUGUGAAGGGAUUAGCGAGGCGGUGUCUCCGCUGCAGACUUUCAUCCGAUGUUUCAGCCUCUCUCUCUCUGUAAACAUGUUUAUUUAUUGUGAAAUAUGCUUCAUAAAAGGUGGUUCAUCCUUCA